AUGUCAAAAGUUGCAACCAAUACCUCCUCAGAUGGAGACGAAAAGGCUGCCAGCAGGCUGUCCAGAGAAUUGACAAAGCAGAACACUGCUUCCUCUGCAGACUCCGAUGACUCCAAGGUUUUGACCAAGUCGUUUGGUAUCAGAAAACAGGAGCUCAUGAUGGAGCAGCUUGACAACUACUUCCUCAAGGGCUUCUACUUCUUUUCCAUUUUUGUGGGAAUGUACGUCUCGAUCGUGGAGUCGGAUGUCUCGAGGGUGUUUAUCGGCUACGCCACAAGUGACUACAAAAAACACUCGCUUAUGUCCACCAUCUCGCUUAUCAGACAGGUUGUUGCAGCCAGUUCUUUGCCUGCUUAUGCCAGGUUGUCGGACAUUUUCGGUCGUUUCGAGCUUUUCUGCUUUGGAUUGCUCUUGCGUAUCAUUGGGCUCAUCGUGAUGUGCCAGGCCGAUACCGUUGAGAAAUACGCUGGCGGUAUUGUGCUUUAUGGAUGUGGUUUCGCAGGUGCCAGGAUUUUGUUCCAGAUCAGUGCCCAGGAUGCCGCUUCUUUGCGUGCUAGAUUAUUGGCCAUUGCUACCAUUUCCUUGCCCACCAUCAUCUCCACAUGGUCUUCUGGUGAAAUUGUCUCUGCUGUGUUGCACAGAUACAGCUGGCAGUUUGGUAUCGGGAUGUGGGCUUUCACGUUUCCCUUGGCCUGUGUUCCGUUCUUGUCUUGCUUCGUUUACAUGAAAUGGAAGGUUCACAAGCUUCCAGAGUGGAAGGCAUUGUGCAAAGAGGAGAAGGAGAGCCAGGUGGAGCUCAAUGCUGCUCAGGAAAAAAAUAGACAGUAUCUUGCAAACGGAGGCUCUAAGUUCAAGGGAAACCUCAAAAAAGCAUGGACAUGGACUGCGUUCAAGGCUCAUCAGACCUUCUGGGAAGUCGACAUCAUGGCCUGUUUCUUCAUUGUCGCCAUUUUUGGCCUUAUUUUGGUUCCCUUGACUUUGGCUGGUGGAACCCACGCUGAGUGGAAAAAACCAGACAUUAUCGUUCCUGUGGUGCUUGGAUUUUGCCUUGUUCCUGUGUUUGUGGUAUGGGAAAUGAAGUGGGCUAAAGUCCCUUUGGUGCCUUUCCCUGUAUUGAGAGACCGUGGUGUCUGGGCUGGUCUUGGAAUCGGUGUUUUAAAUACUUUUGCCUCGAGCAUUCCUAGUGAAUACGCUUAUGCUAUUCUUUUGGUUGGUAUGAACGCCAGCGAGGUUGUUGCUACAAGAACACCGCUGUUCAGCUCCUUCGUUUCCUCGAUUGUCUUGCCUAUUCUCGGUUUGGUGAUUGUCAAGGUCAGAAGAACCAAGGGCUUCAUUCUUUUCGGAAACUGUAUGUUGUUUGUUGCCAUGGGCUUGUUUGUUCAUUUCAGAGGUGACAACGACGGCAUUAACGGAAAAUACUUCAGAGACGGUCUUGCGGUGGCUUUCUGUAUCGACGGUUUUGCUACCGGUUUCUUCAUGAGACCAGUUGGUGUGUCGAUUCAGUCUUGUACCAACUACGAGUACAUGGCCACUGUGACUGCCUUGUUUGCAGCCAUUUACAAAAUCGGUGGUGCCAUUGGAACCUGUGUUUCUGGUGCCAUCUGGACACAAAAGAUGUACCCUACCAUUUACUCCAAAAUGGAGCAGCUAGGCGUUGACACAUCUCUUGCAAAACCAGCUUACCAGUCGCCAUACAAGUUUAUUGUAAAGCACACCUGGGGUACACCAGCUAGAAGAGCCGUGGUGCUUGCUUAUGCUGAUUUGCAGAGACAGCUUUGUAUUGUCGCCAUCUGUCUUUUGGUGCCUUUGCUCGUUUUUGUGUUUUUGUUGAGAGACCACAAGUUGGGCGAUGAAAUGUCCCUUGAGGAUGUGGAAGAUGUUGAAAAGGGUAAGAAUGGAGCAGAGAGAAAGAAGGCUACGGUCAUUUAUACCAACGACCACGAUCCUAUCAUGAACCUCUGCAAGAGAAUCAUCGGAAGAAAGUAA